GCAAUUGAUAGGCUUCCUCUAGUGCCUGGGCUGCUCGAGCUUGUAGGCAUCGGCUACACUGGGUGGUUUGCAUACAAGCAUGUGGUUUUCAAACCAGACAGGGAAGCUUUUGUGAAGAAACUAAAGGAAACUUACAGUGAGAUAAUAGGGGGCAGCAGCAGCUAAAAAAGCAAGGGAUUUAUAAUGCAAUAAUGUGGCUAAUAUGAUGAGUUUAAAAUAUGGUCUUCUUUUCAAGGAAAUCUUUAUUAUUGGCUUGAAAAUGUAACUUCUUAUCCCUCCACCUUUUUAAUUUUCCCCAUUUAUAUUUUGUUAUUUCUAGCCUAACUCAAUUCCAAAUGUACUUAAUGCCUUUGAUUUUACUUUGUCAAGUUGGCCGGGAUAUUAAAAAAAAAUUAAAAA